GCGCGUGUGGGUGUGUGUGUCGCGUGGAGUUGGUCACGCUCUGGACUCAGGGUGAAGCAUUCUGGAGAGUUAAAACCAAUAAAGUCAUCCUGCGCUGCCAUGAGAGUUGAACAGGAUAUUGAACAUGGAGAAACGUCAGCAAAUUCGAACCAAAUGCUGAUUAACCAGCUCAGAGAGAUCACCGGCAUUCAAGAUCUGCAUGUUCUCCAGAGUACCCUGAAUGCUAGCCAAGGUGACAUCAGCCAAGCUAUAGGGGUACUGACCACCCAGACCACGAAGGAAGAGCACAUGCCAGAAGAACCUACUCAAGCCAACAAUGAGAGAAAUACAUCCAAUACACUGAACGGUCCUGCCAAAGAUGAUCUGCAGACAGCGAUUGAGCUCAGUCUUCAGGAGUCGCAACAAGCAGAGGCAGAAAGGAGAGAGCUUCACAGGGCUCUCGAGGUCAGCGCAGAAGAGAAUGUGGCCCACAUGAAAAGAAAGAGGUGUGAGGCAUCUGGAGAGAGCUGCAGCCCUGUGGACUGGAUCCGGCAGGAGGACUGGCCCGUGGGCAUCCGGAAUGUGGGAAAUACUUGCUGGUUCAGUGCUGUCAUUCAGUCUCUGUACCACCUGCCGGUCUUCCGUCGACUGGUGCUCAACUAUUGCCUGUCUGAGCGCGUGCUGGAGAAAUGCAAGAGUCACUCAGAGAAAAGGAACAUUGCCUUCAUGCAGGAGUUGCGCUGCCUGUUUGGUCUGAUGGUGGGCUCAAACAGAAGGUUUGUAGACCCCUCUGCAGCCGUGGAGCUUCUCAGGGAUGCAUUUCGAACCAGUGAGGCACAACAGGAUGUCAGUGAAUUCUCACACAAGCUGCUUGACUGGCUGGAGGAUGCAUUCCAACUGGCUGCUAAUGGAACUAACCCAGAGGAUAAACAGAACAACCCAAUGGUCCAGCUGUUCUAUGGAACAUUUGUUGCUGAGAGGCUUCUUGACGGAAAGAUUGUUUCCAAUAUUGAGCAAUUUGGACAAUACCCUCUCCAAGUGAAUGGAUUUAAUAAUUUAGAUGAAUGUUUGGAGGGUGCUAUGGUUGAAGGAGAGAUCGAGUCCCUUCAUUCAGAUCAAAAGGUUUCCACUAGUCAGGAGAGGUGGUUCUCCAAGCUGCCGCCAGUGUUGACCUUUGAGCUGUCCAGAUUUGAGUUCAAUCAGUCUUUAGGGCGACCAGAGAAAAUACACAAAAAACUGGAGUUUCCCCAAGUGAUCUACAUGGACAGAUACCUCCACAAAAAUGUUUACCAGACCCAUGGCAGAAGAGGAGAGGUGAAGAGACUGAAGGACCAGUUAACAAUUCUACAGCAGAGACUUGAGGGAUAUAAAAACUACGGUUCAGGGCCAACCAAAUACCCCCUCGCCGACAUGUUGCAGUACGUCCUUGAGUUUGCCACCAUGAAACCCGCAAACGUGUCUCCAGCCUCCCCGGUACCCAUAAACCCUCCUGUUCCCAUAGAACCCAGCUCAGGUGACACCAGUCAAACAGAACCAGAUGAUACAAGCCCAUCAGAUGGUUUACAGACAGCCACGCAGAGAACUCCAAUACACAAGCCUUUCACUCAGUGCAGACCGUCUUUGGAAAUACCCCUGCAGCCGGCCCCUCACAGUGUGACAGAGGAGGAACUGCACUUUGUCAUAGGCUGCUUACAGCGCUGGAGAGCAGAGGUCGAGAACACCAUAAACGAGCUGAAAGCCAGCAUUGACAAGGUCAGUCAGGCCCUGGAGGGCAUGUACUCAGAUAACAGUCUGUGUCAGGUACCCUACAGGCUACACGCUGUUCUCGUUCAUGAGGGACAGGCUUCCGCUGGCCAUUACUGGGCUUACAUCUAUGAUCACACUAACAAACGCUGGCUGAAGUACAAUGAUGUAAUGGUAACAGAGUCCACCUGGGAAGAACUGGUCCGAGAUUCGUACGGAGGCAUGACCAACGCCAGUGCCUACUGCCUGAUGUACAUCAAUGACGAUUUGCCAUAUCUCAUCGCAGAGGACACAGACAAUGAGACUGGACAGGUCCUAAAGGGAAUGGACUCCCUCCCUCCAAUCCUGAGACGUUACGUACGGGAAGACAACCACUGGUUCCAGCAAGAGCUGAGAGAAUGGGAAGAGCAGUUCUGCCAAGCCCAACGUGACGAAUCGUGUCAUCAGGCACUCACUUCAACCAACACAGAGGAACCAGUUCCAGAACAGCCACAGAAUCAAGAUCAAGAGCCACACCAAGAACCACCUGUGGCCAGUCCAGCAGAUUUCAACUCGAUAUCAUCAGAGGCCACUGAGAAUUUAAGAGAGACAGCUGAGGAGCAUAUCACCAGCAAGCAGGCACACAGCCAACAAAAUGAAGAGAAGUCAGAGGAAAGUCAGUCAGCCGCUAAGGACAGAGUGGAGACUGAGGUUGAGGUGGUGGAGGCAGAGGAGAAGGUCAACAGUGAUGAGGCAGAACCAGAGGCAGAUACAGACACUCAGCCAGAGUCAGAGGCCACGUCCACAGAGGAGAACCCAGCCGCGGCCAGACGCAGACAGCCUGAGAAUGAAGUGUCUGAGGUGGAGAUACCCAAUGUAGGCAAGAUCCUGUUGCGCUCUGAUGCAGAUGGUUAUAAUGAGGAGAUGAUGUUAACCCCAGCUAUGCAGGGCGUCAUACUUGCUAUUGCCAAAGCAAGAGAAGCCUUUGACAAGGAUGGACCUGAAGCAGGACUUAUCAAAGCGUUCCAUGAGGAAUAUUCCAGAUUGCAUGAACUGUCCCAGGAGGAGACAACACCCCAGCAGGACCCUCGACUCCAGCAUGUGCUGGUCUACUUCUUCCAGAAUCAGGCACCCGGUCGUGUGAUCGAGAGAACCUUACUGGAGCAGUUUGUAGAUCGUAACCUGAGUUUUGAUGACAGGGCCAUCAGUAUAAUGAGAGAGGCCAGAACUAAACUCCGCCUCAUUAAACCAGAAGACAUGGACAUGGAUGAAUACUUGCAAUGGCAUGAAGACUACAGCAUGUUCAAGACAGUGUUUGCCUACCUGUUGACAGGUCUUGAACAGUAUCAGAACGGAAAAAUAAGAGAGGCACUGAAUUACCUUGCACAUGCACACCAGGACAACUCAGUCCUUCUUAGGAAAGGGGAGAAGAGAGGAGUGGACCUGUCGCUUAUUGCACUUUACAGGAGAAAAUGUCUACAGGAGCUGAAUGAAAAUGCAGCUACAAUGUUUAAAAAACAGGAUGAGAAUGACGUAGCAGAGGGAGUGGCCAUCAUGAACGAGUUUGUCAUCCCUUGCAUGCAUCUCAUGGUCAGAGACAGCAUCAGUCAAGAGGACCUGGAUGUCAUAGAGCUGAUCAGGAAUUGCUGGUGCUCCCAUUUGGGGCAGGACAUGGAUGAUUCUCUGCAGGAAAAGCUCAGUGAUUUUUUACCCAGGGUCCUGGACUGUUCUACGGAGAGGGUGGUGCUGAAGGAGCCCCCCAAAGUGAGAAACUCCCCCCACGAUCUAUGCAGCCGUCUGUCUGCUGUCAUGGAGUCCAUCCACAGCACAUCAGUUGUCAUUGUGAAGUAAAGCUGGACGUGACAUCCAGAGCUGUCACAGGGUGAUCAAACCUAUGUCUCUGGAUUUCAGUUUGGUUGCACAAUGACUUUGUUUGUCUACAUUCACUGUGUUCUGAAUUCCUUGAAGGGAUAUAUGAUUGCGCUCACUCUUUGUAGACAUUUGAUCUCAGGAAAGAUCACAUAGAUUACAUUUUAUAAAGCAAGACUGCAGGUUUGUUAAAAAAUUUUACGUCAACCGUAAAAAUAUCGAAUGAAAUUAGUGUUUUAUAGAGAUUUGCUGAAGCCACUUUAUUUCAGUCUACACUUAGCUGAAAAUCAUGUCUGUAUUCUGUCUUUGUACUUUGCCUGAUUUCCACUCCUUUGUUCUACCCCUCUGUUAUCUUUCAAUAAAAUUUGAUUUUGUCCUGUC